AAGGAGAAGGAGAAGGAAAGAGUUUUGAGUAAGUUGGUAUCACGUCGUGCGGAAGGUGAACCAUUGCAAUAUAUUUUAGGAAAUACAGAUUUCGGUCCUUUAACCCUUCUAUGUCGUCCACCCACCCUCAUACCCAGACCGGAAACCGCACACAUUUUCACAGAAUUCGCAACUAGACUUCAUAGACCUUUGAGAAUUCUGGACUUAUGUACGGGUUCAGGUUGUAUAUCUUUCUUACUAGCUUGGGAACUAUCAAAUCUAUCUCCUUCCAAGACUUCUCAAAACAUUCGACCAAAAUCUAUCUCUUCCCUCCAAGCCGACUUUCAUCCCUCGCACGAACUUGAUAUGUUGCACGGAAGGAAACGAGUGAGGAUAUAUGAAGAUAUUGAGAAAACAAUACCCACAGAUGGUGAAGAAAUCGGUGGGAAGGUAGAUGUGAUAGUUUCGAACCCACCUUAUCUCUCUCAAGAAGAAUAUGACCAUCUUCCUAGGUCUGUGAAAGGGUACGAAGAUCCAUUAGCUCUUUUGGGUGAUGCAGAUGGAUUGGCGUUUUAUAAUAGAAUAAAGGAAUUACUUCCUGAUUUACUUUCGAUAACAUUUCAUGGUCCGAGGGUAGGGUUGGAGAUAGGACAUGGUCAGGGAGAAUUGGUGAGAGGUAUCUUUGAAGAAAAAGGGUGGAAAACGGAAUUGGUCAAAGAUCAAUGGGAUCAAGAUAGAAUGAUCAUC